AUGGGUAAGUAUUCCGAUACCAGAUCGUCAGAUUCCAGGAGUAGAAGAGAUCAAAAGGUAUUUUUAUCAAUAAAUAUCCCAUUUCAGGAUAAUGAAAAGAGUUAUUCGAAGACUCAAUCUUCAGAGAGUAAAAUCCCUUCUACUCCAUCAAUUCCAGCCUCUAAAGUCGCAAUGAACGUUAUGGUUGCAAAGGAUGCACUGGAAAAGGCUAGGAAAGCAGAACUGGUCCAGAAACAAAUCCAAGAACAUCUGCAAAAGAUUAAUUUUACGAAGAAAUUAAUCCCAGCACCAAGUAGUCUGGGAGUAAAGAAUUUAAUGUUUGAUAGCUUUGGAAGAGUUUUAGACCAGUCAGGAAACUUAGUCAAGACAGCACCUGUGAUACACUCAACACUUAAGGUUAAUAGGAAUUUGGUAGUAGAAAAACAAAAAAGAGAAUUGCAGAUAGAAAAAUCAGAAAAGUUGGCAAAAAGAAUACAACAAACCAAUUAUACAGACCCGUCACUUAAUAAUUUAAAGAGAAAGAAGAGGAAGUUAUUAAAAUUCGUGGAACCAGGAACAUAUAUUAAGCAGGAACGCCAACUUUUGAGGCAAAUGGAAGAUAAAGCACUUGGAAUAAAUAAAAGUAGACUCAUAAUACAGAAGAAAAAGUUACUGGACCAGCAAAAUCAAAGACUGAGUGCUUUGUAUAACUUGCAAAAGUCGAAAGAUGAUCAGGAGAAGGAAGAAGAUGAACAAAACGAACCAGAUGGAGCAGUUGAGACAAAAGAACUAAAUCACACUGGUGCCAAUGAAGUGAAUUUUCAGGACUUGAAUCCAAAUUUAAUACCUCUGAGAACGAACAAGCUUGAAAACAAGGACUCAUGGGUACUUUAUUUUAAAAGUGAUGAUGAUGAACCUUUCCUAGAGUGGUGGGACAGGGGAGUAAUUAUAUUAAAGAACGGAGAGGAUCCCUUCAGGUUACAAAACCUUAAAAAACAUCAGUACAUUACAAACAUUAAUUUAAACGAAUUGCAAAUUAAUGAGGAUCGCUUCAAUAACUACAUUGAACACCCUGUUAAACUUGAUGGGAAACGUAAAAAGGGAGUAAAUGUUCCACUGACUCAGCUAACUAAAAAGGAACGGAGAAAAGCAAGGACUCGCCGUAGGCAGGAAAGACAGACUACAAUUAGGAAUAAUAUUUUAAUCGGACUCAUACCUCCUCCACCUCCAAAGCUUAAAAUGUCAAACCUGAUGGACGUACUCAAAAACCAAACAGCAGCAGACCCUUCCAAAGUAGAACAAAUGGUGAAACAGCAAAUGGAAGAGCGUCUGAGAGCUCACGAGAAAAGAAACGAAGACAGAAAAUUAACAAAGGAGCAGAGGUCUAAGAAAAACGCACAAAAAUGGCAGAUUAAGAAAAAUGCUGAGGCUGAAGCAGCUCUUUUUACCAUAAACUCACUGUCUAACCCAAAACUCCUAAAGAAAAUCGAUACCAAUGCACAGCAGUUUCACCUCAGUGGCACCUGCAUAAUCAUGAACAAUGGGCCAGCAUUCUUAGUAAUUGAAGGAAGUAAGUUGAGCAUUCGGAGGUACACUAAGCUCCUUUUGAGGAGAAUUAAGUGGAGUGAAUAUCCAUUGGAGGACGAUAUCGACGCUAGUCAGAAUACUUGUAAACAGGUAUGGGUUGGGAACGUGAAGAAGAGGAGCUUUCCUCACUGGACUGUAAACUAUGUCGACUGUGACGAGCAAAUUGAGGAUAUUCUGAAGCCUCACAAGGCGCUCCACUACUUUGAAAUGGUUCAAAAGUAUCGCGACCCCUUGGAAGAUAUUUAA